UCUCCAGGAGUGUUUGCUGUGAAGUCAGUGUCAGUGAUGGAGGGAGAUUCAGUCUCUCUAAACUCUGAUCUCACUGAAAUGAUGGAUGAUGAUCAGAUUCUGUGGAGGUUUGGAGAUGAAAACACUGUAAUAGCUGAAAUCAAUGUACUGGACGACAGCAUGACUGUAUAUGAUGAUGUUCCUGAUGGGAGAUUCAGAGACAGACUGAAGCUGGACAAUCAAACUGGAUCUCUGACCAUCACACACACCACAACUGAACACACUGGAGUUUAUAAACUAGAGAUGAUCAUAAAUCUGAGCAAGAGUUUCAAUCUCACUGUCUAUUCUCGUCUGCCUGUUCCUGUCAUCAUCAGUAACUCUUCACACUGUUCUUCAUCAUCAUCAUCAUGUUCACUGGUGUGUUCAUCAGUGUGUAAUGUGAGUGAUGUGACUCUCUCCUGGUACGCAGGAAUGAGUGUAUUGUCCAGCAUCAGUGUGUGUGAUCUCAGCAUCAGUCUCUCUCUACCUCUGGAGGUGGAAUAUCAGGAUAAAAACACCUACAGCUGUGUGCUGAACAAUCCCAUCAGCAACCAGACCACACAUCUGGACAUCAACACACUCUGCCACACAUGUGCAGAAGUCCACGCCCCCUGUUGUGAUUCUGUUGAAGCUGUGCUGCGAUUGGUCGUCACUGCGCUGAUGGGCGUGGCUUCUGCGGCUGCUGCUGUUCUUCUGGUCAAUGACGUCAGAGCUACAAGAGGAUAACAGGAGAACAGAACAGAUGUCAUAAAUAUUGUGGCA